UAAAAACAGCCUGCAGAGAGACGCUGAGCAUUUCUGCGUCGAAAGGCAAAGUUUUCUUUCUGAUCAUGGCAAGAACAAAGCAGACCGCUCGUAAAUCCACCGGAGGCAAAGCGCCCAGGAAGCAGCUCGCUACUAAAGCUGCCCGUAAGAGCGCCCCAGCCACCGGCGGUGUGAAGAAGCCUCAUCGUUACAGGCCCGGUACCGUAGCGCUGAGAGAAAUCCGCCGCUACCAGAAGUCUACUGAGCUUCUGAUCCGUAAGCUGCCUUUCCAGCGUCUGGUGAGAGAAAUCGCCCAGGACUUCAAGACUGAUCUGCGCUUCCAGAGCUCCGCCGUCAUGGCCCUGCAGGAGUCCAGCGAAGCUUAUUUGGUCGGUCUGUUUGAGGACACCAACCUGUGCGCCAUCCACGCCAAGAGGGUCACCAUCAUGCCCAAAGACAUCCAGCUGGCCCGCCGCAUUCGUGGUGAACGCGCCUAAACUCAACGUCACCCGCAUCAAUACAAAGGCUCUUUUAAGAGCCACCACAAUUCCACUGAACGAGAAAUGUUCCAUUGUUUAUUUAAUUACAAAGGUUUUUCUGUGUU